UCCUUCGCCUCUCGGGUUGUACUGUACUCGCUCCUGAUGAUAGCUUUGCAGCAACGCAGGCAGAGAGUGGGUAGCAGACUUCUCCGUGUGGGGGGGGGGGGGGGGGGGGGGGGCAGCCGCUAGACACAUCACCAGCCAACAAUUUCUUCUGCUCUCUCAAGUGACACAAGGCCACUUCCCUUUCCGAAAACGGCGACUUCAUUGCAAUCACCGAAACAACGCUAGCUACCAUCUUGAGAAAACAAAACCACCUAUCUAAUCACUUCAAUGGCACUCAUAUUAUGCAUCGUAUAGGAAAGAAAGAGUAAUGGAUACUCGUACCUUUUUCUUCUUUUUUGCUUUUUAGUUCGUUUUUAUUUGCUGGUUGUUUUCUACCCCUAGUCCUUGAAUCUGCCAAUUCCACAUUUACUGGGUGUCCAAUGGUUAGGGCCGAGUUUCUAUAGGAGUAUCUACUAGAGAAUUGGUUGAAAUCGUAGGUCUAUGAUUUAUCCCGUGCUUCUGAUGAAUUGUUAAAGGUUGACCCAACCCAGUCCUCUCUUAGGUUGGCUCCUCGCUACUGCACAUUAACGACGUGGAUUGGCCUGUUGACUUUGCCCUUCCCCAAUCAAUUCAUUAGUCGAAGAUUUCACUAUAGAGAUCGGAGGAGAUUCAGAUUCAAUUUUUGAAAAAGCUUAACGGAACGCGAAGGGCUCGGGCCUUUUCCACACUCUCCCUUUCAUCUUGCUCGAGCAUAUAGUAUCUGCUAGUGCUAGGAGAGGCACGCAAGCAGUAGUGUAGGGGGCCUGGCCUGGGCACAAAACAACAGCCCCUUCACUCUCAUCCUUGUAACCAUCGAAACGAGUUAUCGCUGAGUUGAUUCGCACAAGGUCCUUUCUCCUCGAUCUUGCCUUCUUUCGGUUCGACGAGAAAUUAGGGUGAAUCGGCAGCUCAGAAACCUCGGCAAUUGCUCGGUUUGAUACUUGCAUGACUCUGAUGAGGGUGCUAUCGAGGAAGGCUAUGCAGGCUGGGAGCUCUGCCCCUUGUAAAAUCUGGGCGACGGGCUUCCUCUGCGGUGUCUGCAUUAUGUUUCUGUCCGGUGUUGCUCUACCUCCACUCCGAGUCCCGCAGAGCCGAUCAGUCGAUCCACCGCUGCGGCGCGCAAUACUCUGGAAUUUUACAUUGACCGAACAUGAUGGGGUUGCAGUAACUGGUGAGUCGGCUUCUGCACAGGAGAAGAUAGAAGAACGAAAGAGAGACAAUCACGCCACUGAAGCUAGAAUAUUGCAACUGUACAGCGCUUGGAGCUCUAUGCUAAACACUGCCAGUGAUGAAGUUCUGAAAAGUUCAGAUGUGCCGUGGCCGCCUCAUCUGGAUGACUGCAAGCUUAAUGUAGAAAGAAAUAAACGAUUUGACAGCUAUGGAGAAAAUAGAACAUUUCCUCAUUGGACAUUAUGGAAAGGGUCACUUGGGCUUGAACUUUUGAACCAAAAGUACUCAGAAAAUGCAAAUCAGUAUAGACAGUAUCCUCCUUGGAUUCUAGGAUCUGAUGAAGAAAACUAUCCAUUGACCAGACGGGUGCAGAGAGAUAUAUGGAUUCAUCAGCAUCCUCCAAACUGCAGCGAUCCAAGCUUGCGGUUUCUUGUUGCAGAUUGGGAGAGGUUACCUGGAUUCGGUAUUGGUGCACAACUCGCUGGAAUGGCAGGACUUCUUGCUAUUGCCAUAAAAGAGAAAAGGAUUCUGGUUACAAACUACUAUAACCGAGCUGAUCACAAUGGUUGCCAUGGUGCUUCAAGAUCUAGUUGGUCUUGUUACUUCUUUGUUGAGACAUCUUCAGACUGCCGCAAGCGGGCUUUUCAGCUCAUGCAAAUUAAAGCCUCCUGGGCCGAGGGAUCUGUAAAAGUGAAGGAGAACUAUACCUCCAAGCAAAUAUGGGCUGGACGCAUACCUAGAAUGUGGGGGGAGCCAUGGAAAUAUUUGCAACCGACAACAGAGAUAAAUGGUAGACUGAUCACAAGUCAUCGUAAAAUGGAUAGAAGAUGGUGGAUUGCACAGGCCACAAGGUACCUAAUGAGGUUCCCAACAGAAUACAUGUGCGGACUACUGAAUGUGGCUAGGCACUCUGCAUUUGGUUUGGAAGCAGCAAAGUUGGUUCUCGAAAGUAUUCAGAAUGACUCACUGAAGGUUGGCACAACUAGAACCAAAUCUGACAUCGAGCGGCUUGUAUGGUCAGACCACCAACCAUAUAUACCUCGGCCUGUUGUCAGCAUGCAUGUAAGGAUGGGAGACAAAGCUUGUGAAAUGUCAGUGGUUGGCUUUGAGGAAUACAUGAAGCUGGCUGGCAACCUCCGCAGAAGGUUUCCAAGUCUAAAGAACAUAUGGCUUUCUACUGAAAUGCAGGAAGUUGUUGAAAAAACUAAACUUUACCAUGAUUGGAGUUUCUAUUUCACAAAUGUGGCACGUCAAGGUGGCAAUAUAACCAUGGCACAGUAUGAGGCCAGUUUGGGCCGUGAGACUAGCACAAAUUACCCCCUUGUAAAUUUCAUGAUGGCUACUGAAGCAGAUUUCUUCAUCGGAGCCCUGGGAUCAACUUGGUGCUACCUCAUUGAUGGAAUGAGAAACACAGGAGGAAAGGUAAUGUCCGGCUAUCUGUCGGUGAACAAGGACCGGUUUUGGUAAGCGAUUCAGAGGUUGCUUGCCCCCUCGAUUGUCUUGUAGCUCCACUAAAUAGAGAGAUUCUCUGGCCUUAGUUUGCUUGUGUCCAGCAGUAGCAUGGAUGUACAUGUACCUUCUGAGAAUCUGAGAAGACAUCUUUAGCAUGAACCUUCAGGCCUAAGUAGGAGAGCAGUGCUUUGUUAUAUCAAAUCAGGUCCAUGUCUUUUGAUCUGGUCUCCA